AUGAACGCGUCGCCGGCGCCCAUCGCCCGCGCGGUCCUCGCACCGCGUCGGAGACGUCGCCCCUCGCCCCGAUCCGUCACCCGCGCGGUCCUCGGAUCGUCGGACGACUUCCUCGAGUCCGCGCCACCCCCUUUUCGCUCGCCCCCGAGCCUGUGCAGCUCUGCGGCGACGGAGGCUCGCAACGUCCUCCGCGUCCUGCGCGAGGGCGCCGUCGAGGGCGAUCCCGCGGUUCCGCGCAGGGUCCGAGUGGAGCUCCCGCUGCCCCCGGCCGACGUGCGCACGGACGAGAUGAGGUACCUCGGCCUGCACGGUCAAGCCGCGGACUGGUCGGGCGGGAUGCAGCAGAGACUCAGAGUCACCAAGGCGUACGUCGAGGAGAACAUGCUCGACGGGUACGAUUGGGAGUACCUCGGGCUGCUGGAUCGCGACGCGGACGGCAUGGCGGUGUGGACGUGCGGCGAGAACAUGACCGUGGUGACGCACCCGUCGGACACCACCAUGCGGUUUUUCCUCGACCUCGCCGACGGCGUCUACGGCGAAAGAGUCAAAAAGGAUGACCACGUGCUCGUGGUCGUCAACGCCUUCUGGAGCGGCAACGGCGAGAAGGUCGGGCAGCCGUGGGAGCUCGGGUUGAAGAAAAGGGCCGCAGUGGCGCUGGCGCCGACGACGGGCGACUGGGAGAAGGUGUACGUCGCGAGAAGAGUUCGGUCGGCGGCGGGGGCGGAGGGCACGCUGCGACGAGCGUGGCCGGGCCGGUGGCAGCUGUUCGACUCUGAGGGGGUCACUCUGAUCGGCGAGUGGACGCCGCGGGAGGGGGAGCCCAGCAACAGGGAGAUCGCCGAGACGCUGAACGAGGCGGCGGGCGCCGCGGACGCGGCGGGGUUCAACCGAUCCUCCGUCGACACCUCGCGAGACACGGACGUGAUCACGUGA